AUGCCGGGGCUGAUCGGUCGUGGCGGCGGAGGCUUCUCGGGCCCUGACGAUCGUCCCCGCGGCAUGUCGGACUUCGCGCGGUCGUUCCAGUCCGAUGGGCCUCCAACGCCUCCAGACACGCCUUCGAAGAACUUCAUUCGAGGCGGAGUCUUCGAUCCGAACUCAGGUCACACUGGCGUCAUUCGAGAACCGCGAAAGCCGGGAAGCCUGUGGCUCCCGCCGUCCUCCAGCGCCUCGGGCGCCAAUCCCGUAGCCGCCGCGGCGGCUGCGGCGGCCGCCGCAGCGGCUGCGGGAGGGAGUUCGGGGCCGGGCGCCUCGCCGUCGACGGGCAAAAAGCCCGCAAAGGGGGGACAGAAGAAAGAAAUCGACUCCUUCCUCGAAGAGAUCAAGAAAAAGCAAGAGCUGAUCGACAAGAAGAAGCAGCUGUACAAGCAGCUCUCAGAAUCGAGAACAGAGGAGGAGCGCGUCGUUUUGCGAGCGCACCUGACAGCUAUCGAGAAUGCGACGCGACUCCCAGGCGCGCCGCCGGUGGACCUUGAGAAGGAGUCCUCGACGAACUUGUAUCUCGGCAACUUGUCGCCCGAAAUAACAGAGGAGUUUCUGUGUCAGCAGUUCGGCAAGUAUGGCAACAUCACCUCUGUGAAAAUUAUGUAUCCGCGCACGGAGGAAGAGAAGAAGCGAAACCGGAACUGCGGUUUCGUGUCCUUCGAAAGCCGGCCGCAAGCAGAGGCCGCGAAGUACAACCUGGACGGCGUGUCUUUUUAUGGAAUGGUCAUUCGCAUCGGCUGGGGCAAGUCCGUGGGACGCCCCGUCGUAGCCCCGUCGCCCUCGCAGCUGCUCGCAGCUGGUGCCGACGCACUGAACGCUUCGGCGAGCCCCGUGGGAGGAGGAGGCUUUUUCACGCCCGGCAGCUCCGGUGGCAAGUCGAUUCCCUCGCCGCCCUCUGGAAGCCACCCCCCGCCUCCGCGCUUCCGCGACCGCCGCGAUGACGUCGGCGUGAUUGAGGUCGUCGUGCCGAAAGAUAAGCGGCGACGCGUCGUCAUCGAUCUCCUCGCGAAAUACGUGGCGGAGGAGGGUCAUCCGUUUGAGCAGCAAAUCAUGGAGAAGGCGCCCCGAGACUCGGAGGACGGCAAAUUCGAUUUCUUGUAUGAUCAUGACUCCCCCGACAACAUCUACUACAGGUGGCGAGUCUUUGCCUACUCACAAGGCGACACGCUUCGCUCUUGGCGCACAGAGCCUUUCCACAUUUUCAUCGGCGGGCGGAAGUGGAAACCGCCCUCUGAGAAAUUCUUUCAAGAAAAACAUCGCCCCAAGGCAGAGCGAAAGGACGACGGCGUUCACAGUGCGGCGAAGGGCGGCGAGCGCCUAAGCAGCGCAGACCGCGACGCGCUCGAAGACUUCCUUCGCGACAUCACCCGCGAGAAGGAGUCUGUGCGGAGCGCGAUGAUUUUUUGCAUGGAUCACGCCAACUGCUCGGCAGAGAUCGCGCUGUGUCUCUACGAGGCCCUCACGCUGCCUGAGACGGAGCUCGACACGAAAGUCGCGCGGCUUUACCUCCUCUCGGAUCUCUUGUUCAACUCCUCCGCGCCCACGCCCUCGGCCUGGUCGUACCGCGCGAGCAUUGAGAAACAUCUGCCAAAGAUUUUCAUACACUGGAGCAGCAUGUUUUGCGGAGAUACGAAGCAGAGCGAGGGGGGCGGUGCGAAGGAAAACGGCGAGCCGAAACCCGAAAUGGAUAUAAGGAAGAGAUACCAAGUCCGCCGCCUUCUCAAGCGUCUACUGCGCAUUUGGACGACAUGGGCGGUGUACUCACCCGCCUUUCUCCGAGGGCUGGAGGCGUCUCUGUUCAGCGCGGACUUCCCUGCGCAGUUGGAGAAGCCCGAGGAAGGCGAGCUGCCGCCGGAAGCGGCAAGCCUCGUUGAGGAGGAGCUCGACGGCGAACCGCUGGUAGACGCCGAAGCCAACCUCCUGGCAAAGUACCCUCUGGCGCUCCGGGAGCACAUUCUGCAAUGGAGCCGGCUCGACAAAACCGAGCUAGAGAAAGUUUGCCUGCAGCGAGGCGUCGCGAGUCGCACGGCUGCGAGCUCGUCUACUGCGGGCGCCGUGGACCGCCUGGCCUGCAGCAAGUUCUACUGGGACCUCAAGACCGAGGCCGAAGACGCACCACUGCAGCUGUCGUCUCUCGACCACGCGGCAGCCCUGCGGGCGGCGACGGGCGAGCCUGCGGGUGCCCUCGCAGCCUUUUGGACUUCCGCCGCGCCGCUGAAACAGGUGGAGACUGAGGCGGCGCCUGUCGCGGGCGAGGCCGCGGAGAAGGGCGAGGCCGGCGCGGAGGCGGAGCUCGAGAAGGACUCGCCCGCGUUCGAGAAGGCGGAGAUGAAGAGCGAGUCGUCAGACGACAUCUUCGACUUGCCGCCGGAAGAAGACGAAGACAUCUUCCCGAAGGACGACGACAAGAAGAAGGCGGAAGCAGACGCCGCAAGCUCCGACUUCGAACGCAACAAAGCGGACGAAAAGAAAAACGCCGUGGACCGCAUCAAAAUGCGACAAGUCGAACUCCAAGUGACGCAACUCCAAGUCGAGUUGGAGGACAGAGGUCUGAGCAAAGAGGAAAUUCAGGCGCGAUGCGACGAGCGGCGCCAGCAGCUGCUUGUGGAAAUUCAGAAACAAGCAGAGGGGGAGGCAGCCCAGGUCGAGAGCGACACGCCGAAGGAGGAGGCACCGAAAAGCAAGCCCUCGUCGCGGCAAGAAGAUUCCUCCAAGCGGAAAAGGUACGCCGUCCUCGGGAUGCGCUUCCUUGCGGCGCAGGACCCGAUGCCGCGCAUAAAUAUGCGCAUCGCGAUUCAUGCAUCGCAAUGA